GAUCUCAUAUGAUAUCCAUUUACUGCUAUCUCAAUCUCAAAGCUCUCUCUCAGAUUUUUAUCCUUAAUUUUUUUUUUCUUUUUUGGGUUCUGGGGUUUUCAAAAAAGGAUCUGAAAACCACUUUCCAUGUUUUUGGAAAACACUUUCUGAAAUCACUUUCUGAAUUUCCCUAUCUUUUGACCGAAUCGAGGGACGUGGAAGGGGGUGUUAAGGUUCUGCGAUUUUUAUAAGAAUUCACCCACUUUUCCUCAACAUACUUUUCGUGCUUUUAGUGUUUUGAUUUGAUUGAAGGUGUCAUUUGAUUGGCUCCAGGAGUCACCGUCUGAUGCAUACUCUUCAGGUGCAGUGAGAGUUGAUUCGGAAGGGGAGCGUUGUUGAGCAACCAAACGGGGGUUUAGCUAAAUGUUAAAUCCAGCAUUUAUUAUUCAUGACUUGGACUUGGGAAUGUUGACUUAAUGAGCCAAUUGCGGGUUCUCUGUGGUAGCAUUUAACAGCAGAAUCAUCAUAAUUAGUUACAGUUUCUCAAGGACGAUUGGUAUACGGACACCGGUGUUGAGGGUACUGUGACAAAUUGGGGACUGCAAGGGAAGAUAUGACAUUUGCAUGGAAAAAGGACUAAGAUUGGAUUAUUUCUGGAAGCUGGGUGGAUUAUUUGAGCUGUUUUGAGAUUUGACAAAAUUUGAAUCUUCAAGAUCCACUGCUAGUUUUUGCUUCCAAGUUAUUGGAUCGGGAUGGGCUGUCAAUGUUCUAAAUUCUGGGUCUGUUGCUGGGAUUCCGAACAGAAAGGACCAGUUGUAGAGCCUCCCAGUGUUGAAAAUGAGGAGAACAGUGAAGCUGAUGAUUUGCCUGCUUUUCAUGAAUACACUAUUGAUCAACUGAGGAUGGCUACAUCUGGAUUUGCUGCGGAGAACAUAGUUUCUGAACAUGGUGAAAAGGCUCCCAAUGUGGUUUAUAAAGGGAAACUUGAGAAUCAAAGGCGGAUUGCUGUCAAACGUUUUAAUAAAUCAGCCUGGCCUGAUGCCAGGCAAUUUUUGGAAGAAGCAAGAUCUGUUGGGCAGCUCCGAAAUCACAGAUUGGCAAAUUUGCUUGGUUGUUGUUCUGAAGGAGAUGAGAGGUUACUUGUCGCAGAAUUUAUGCCCAAUGACACACUUGCAAAGCACCUGUUUCAUUGGGAAACACAACCUAUGAAAUGGGCUAUGCGAUUAAGGGUGGCUUUAUAUCUUGCACAAGCUUUGGAAUAUUGUACCAGCAAAGGACGUGCACUUUAUCAUGAUCUUAAUGCUUAUAGAAUUGUUUUUGAUGAUGAUGGCGAUCCUAGACUUUCAUGCUUUGGUAUGAUGAAGAAUAGUAGAGAUGGAAAAAGUUAUAGCACAAACUUAGCCUUUACACCUCCUGAAUAUCUGAGGACUGGAAGGGUAACACCUGAAAGUGUAAUGUAUAGUUUUGGCACCCUUUUGCUUGACCUUCUCAGUGGAAAACAUAUUCCUCCAAGCCAUGCACUUGACCUGAUACGGGACAGAAAUAUUCAGAUGCUAACGGACUCUUGCUUGGAAGGCCAAUUUUCAAAUGAUGAUGGGACUGAAUUAGUGCGUUUAGCAACACGAUGUUUACAAUAUGAGCCCCGAGAGCGGCCCAAUCCAAAGUCAUUAGUUGCUGCUCUAAUUCCUCUUCAGAAGGAAACCGAGGUUCCUUCUCAUGUAUUGAUGGGUAUGCCUCAAAGUGGUGCAACUUUACCUUUAUCACCCCUGGGUGAAGCUUGUUUAAGAAUGGAUUUGACUGCCAUUCAUGAGAUUUUAGAAAAGCUUGGGUAUAAAGAUGAUGAGGGAGCAACAACUGAGCUUUCAUUCCAGAUGUGGACCAACCAGAUGCAAGAAACAUUGAACUCAAAGAAAAAGGGUGAUGUUGCUUUCCGGCACAAAGAUUUUAGAGCUGCAAUUGAAUGCUAUACCCAGUUUAUUGAUGUUGGAACCAUGGUUUCUCCAACUGUUUUUGCACGCCGUAGUCUGUGCUAUCUCAUGAGUGAUAUGCCACAGGAAGCCCUUAAUGAUGCAGUGCAAGCCCAAGUAAUAUCCCCCAUUUGGCACAUAGCAUCCUAUUUACAAGCUGUAGCUCUUUCUGCUUUGGGAAGGGAGAAUGAGUCAGAGGUAACCCUUAAAGAAGGCUCAGUACUUGAAGAGAAGAAGAAUAAAACUGCUUGACUAAAGAAGAGUGAAGGCCAAACCCAAAUCUCUUUUCCUCAUAUUGAAGGUGACCACUGGAUGGCAAACAGGAGCUCCUUCAUUUCCAGGUCGCAUGAACAAAGGCUCUUCAACCUCAAAACAACCAUAAAAUUAAAAUGGACAGAAAUGGUCCCAAUCUUUAUGUAUUUAUGACUGGUUGGUUUGUUGUCAUCUUGAAGCAUUCUUUCGAAGCAUUACUGGGUGGGUGGUUUUGGUCAGUUUACUGGGGAUGCUUCCACUAUUAUCUAUAUGAAAACACUUUGCCCUUGUCAAAACGAUUACGGGCCUUUUCCAUGACAACAAUCUUUGCAAAUAAUUGAGAUGUUCUUGGAAUUGGAUCAUAUGUUUAUAGAGGGAUUUAACCCCCAUUUUAAGUUUUGCUUCAAAAGGGUUGACUAGCCCCAAGUUGUUGCCAUUGUUGUAAUUUGAAGUAGUUUGCUCAAUAUCUGAUGUGAAAUGGACUGUUUCUGUAUGCUAUUUACCCUUUAUUUUUUUAUGUCAAAUAAAAAUUGUUCUUUUUGUUG